UUACCAUCUCACGCACCGAUCAAAUAUCAGUUUCAACCUUGCAUGCACAACCAGUAACAUGAAAAAUUUCGAAGAGAAACAAUAUGAUGAAGACCAAAUGUCCACGAUAGAAGAAGAAGAAGAAAAAAAGGAGGAAGAAGAAGUAGAACCGAUUGUAGGGGACAAGUUUAGCGAGUUAACAAUGAAAGGAAACUGGGAUGUAGUGAUUGGCAUGUUGGAAGAAAACAAGGCAUUGUGCAGGAUGAAUAUCAACGAAAGCAGAGGCACCGUACUCCACGUGGCAGUGAACGAGGGGAAGGAAGAAGUGGUGAAGAGUGUGGUGAAAGCAAUCACAGAGCACGACAUGAGCAAGGCCUUUGAAUCGAGGAACGAGAGAGGGGACACUCCUCUUCAUCUUGCAGCAACGAGGGGGUUCCAGAAUAUCUGCGAGUUGAUCAUAGGAGAGAAAAAAGAGAGGAAGCAUUUGGUUAAGAUUCACAACAAAGAGGGAGAGACACCACUGUUCCAUGCUGCAUUGUCGUGGCAGAAAGCAACGUUUGUGUAUCUUUGUUCCUUGAUGCCCCAAGGUGAUAACUAUUGCAAACAUCUCGUACGGAACAAUGGGGAUAAUAUUCUUCACUGUGCCAUUCGGAGAGAAUUCUUUGAUUUGGCACUUAUAAUAAUGCACAAGUAUCCCGAACUUAACGACGUUCAGAAUAGAGAGGGAUUCAGUCCUCUCAAACUUCUUGCCACUAGGCCCUCAGCCUUCAAAAGUGGAAGCAAUCUGCGAUGGUGGAAGACUAUCCUGUACCAUUGUAUACAUGCAGAAACUCUAAACGUGCAAAAAGCAGAGAAAAUAUACGAAAAAGAGGAUGAACCUGAUCAAAACAAUCAAUUUCCAGGGAACUACGACACAUGUUAUCAACUCUGUUAUCUAUUUCUACAGUUGAUUAAAUUUGUUAUUCUUCAACUGCGAAAUCUUGCUGAAGUAAUGAAUUCUCUUUUAAAUAAACUUGGAAACAAGAAAGUGGAACGAGAAGGUCAACAGAAACAUCAACAAUGUCAAAUACCGAUGCCAGAAGAUUCAGUUCUUGAGGUUGUUCCACCAAAUUGUGUUACUUGUCUUCAGUUUGUGAGACUUGCAUACAUUUCUACUCUUGGCCUUUCGGGAGUAGGGGUUGAAGACAUUAAGAACAUGAAGCAAAAGCACAUAUGGAGUAAUCAACUUCUAAAAGAAUUUAUGAAAAACCCUUAUGAGAUGUAUAUGGGAAGUGGAGGUCCACCACCAUCGGACGUGAGUACUUUUGAACCAGAUUUCAUUUCUUUGUUGAAAGAAGAUACUGAUCUCAAAGACAGGAUAGUGACUUCGAAUAUUGACACAAAGGAGACAGCGAUUUUGGUGGCAGCGAAAAAUGGCAUAACUGAAAUGGUGAAUGAGCUUAUAGAUAAAUUACCAAGUACCAUACAUGAAACUAACUCAAAUAAGAAAAAUGUGUUGCAUGUAGCAGUGGAGAACAGGCAAACCCAUGUUGUUGAGGCAUUAAGAAAAAAGUUUGGAGAGAAGAAAACAAAGUUAUGGGAUAACCUAAUUAUUGGUGUGGAUGACCAAGAAAACACUGUGUUACACAUGGCAGCGUCCCCAACCGAUAAGGAUUGGAUGAUAUCUGGUGCUGCCUGCUUGCAAAUGAUUUGCCAUAUCAAAUGGUUUCAGUACAUAAAAGUGCUAGCGCCGAAGCAUUUCACAAUUAGAACCAACAAAAAGGGAAAAACCGCAGAUGAAAUCUUCAAAGAAUCACAUAAAGUACUCGUGAAAGAUGCUAGUAAGUGGCUCAACGACGCAUCACAAUCUUGCUCAGUUGUGGCAGCAGUCCUUGCUGGAGUUUCCUUUGAUAUAUCCAGUACUGUCCCUGGUGGUGUCAACACUGACACAGGUGAACCUGCAUUACAAGGAAAGCCUGCAUUCAAGGCAUUUGCACUGUUCUCAUUGAUGAGGCUAUGCUUCUCCGUCACUGCCCUCAUAAUAUUCCUGUCUAUACUCACUUCUAGAAAAGAAAUCAAAGACUUCAGAACAAAUUUGCCAUUUAAAGUGCUUCUCGGCUUAAGUUCACUUUUCUUAUCCAUUGCCGCAUUGUUUGCAACUUUCUGCUCGGGCCAUUUCUUUGUGAUUAAUGACAAUUACAAAGAGAUUUUAUUCCUCAUUUAUGCAGUCACUUGCAUCCGAGCACAGUUUCCACUUUAUAUUGAUUUUGUGAGAGCCACUACAACGAAAGUGCCACUUCUGGAAGGCGAUAAGAUUGCUGAUGAUUUAUAGAAAUGGUUCGUUUGUUCUAUUAUUAUGAGUAUAGAAAAUUGAGAGUGUGACUAAUUCAAGUUUAUAUUAUAACAAAUUUUGUCA